ACUAGUGUGUGGUAUUUUUGGCGUCUCAUUUUUUUUAGAACGUGAAACGGAAGAGCAGGAGAAGAACCAAUUUUAGAAAACGACGCCGUAGAGCCCCCUCUUCAUACCUUUCGCCUCCUUCCGGAGGGAUUCCCGGCUGCCGGAUAAAAUGUCGGCCCUUUACGCGUCGAUCCUUCCUUCAAUAAGUUCUCCAAAUCCGUCUUCCUUUGCAAGGAUUUCCACCGGAGGCCCUUCAAUUAUCACUAAAUUCCCACCACGACCCCGUCCUCUCACAUCGCCGAGAAAGCCACUUCCGUGUUCCAAAUCCUCCCCCGAGGCCGGCGGCGCGGCGGCGGAAGGGUGGCUGCAGAGGCUGCCCGACAGGAAUAAGGCUCUGUACGCUCACAGCUUGCCUUGCAUAGAAGCCUGGCUAAUGAGUUUAGGGUUUUACCAGAGCAAAGAAGACAGAGCCGUCUGGUUUGUGGAAAAUCCAGAUUGGCAUGCUCGAUUGUCUCUUGACGUCACUGACCUGUACAUAAGGUACCUAAAGAGUGGACCUGGAGGGAUGGAGAAAGAUGUGGAGAGAAGAUUCAGUUAUGCCCUCAGCAGGGAAGACAUUGAAAAUGCCAUUCUUGGGGGUCCAUAAUUGACAAGAGACAACCAGAAGCAAGCCUCAGAGAGAUGAGCAAAUGAAGAUAUAUGACAGGCAUGAUGAAUUAGAACGAUCUCUUUUCUUUUUCUUCUGCAGAUUUCCCAUCAAAAACACGGAUGCAGUUUCAAUUGAAAAUCCAUCGUAUCUAUGCGCAAAUAUGUGAUUCACAUUUUCAUCUUGAGACUUACAAAUGGCUUUGGUUUCUUCUCUCCGUUUGGCCUGCUAAAUUUGCACAAAAUAUAAGCUAAAAAUCAUAAUUCCCUAGAAAAAAGAAUUCAAGAAAUGCCAUGGGUUUUA